GAAAGAAGACUCCGCGAGAGUUGCAGAUGUGGAGUAAAAGGCAAGGUUUUUACUGCAGGACGUGAGAGGGUUGGGGAGAUAAGCGGGGAAUAAUUCGGGGAAUACGAAGUGAUGGAACCGUCUUUUCUUGUCGUGAUUUUCGUGUUGGCUCUCAGUCUGCCAGACGAUGCAACUGCGGCGGACCAGAAGACCAUAGCUUCAGAGAACCUGCUGGUCAUCACUGCAGCUACUGAGGAGACUGAUGGCUUUAAUCGGUUCAUGCGGACAGCAAGGGAGUUCAACUACACUGUGAAGGUGCUGGGUCUGGGGGAGGACUGGAAGGGAGGGGACGUUGCUCGCACAGUUGGUGGGGGUCAGAAGGUUCGCUGGCUGAAGAAGGAACUUGAGAAGCACAGUGACAAGGAGGAGCUGGUCAUUCUUUUUGUGGACAGCUAUGAUGUGAUCCUGGCCAGUGGGCCACAGGAGCUGCUGUGGAAGUUCUCCAGGAUCGGCCACCGCGUGGUCUUCUCUGCGGAGGGCUUCUGCUGGCCUGACCAGAAGCUGGCGUCUAAAUACCCGCCUGUCUACACUGGAAAGCGGUAUCUGAACUCCGGAGGUUUCAUUGGCUACGCCCCUGAGCUCAACAGCAUCGUGCAGCAGUGGAAGUACAAGGACAAUGAUGAUGACCAGCUGUUUUACACCAAGAUCUACCUGAACAAGGCCCAGCGGACGAAGUUCAACAUGACUCUGGACCAUCGCUCCCGCAUCUUCCAGAACCUCAAUGGAGCAAUUGAGGAGGUGGUGCUCAAAUUUGAAAAGGCGCGUGUGCGUGCUAGGAAUGUGGCCUACGACACCCUUCCUGUCAUCAUCCAUGGCAACGGACCCACUAAGCUGCAACUGAAUUACCUGGGGAACUAUGUGCCGACGGCCUGGACACAUGAGACCGGUUGUGGCAUCUGUGAUGACGACCUGCUCGAUGUCAACGAACUGCCGGAUGAGGAGAUGCCCAUAAUUCAGAUUGCAGUGUUUAUUGAACAUCCCACGCCCUUUCUCCCAGAGUUUUUGGAGAGGUUGACAACCCUGAACUAUCCUAUGAACCGACUGAGACUCUUCAUUCACAACAAUGUGGUUUACCAUGAGCAGCACAUCCAGCAGUUCUGGGAUCGCCACAGGACUGUGUUCCCUAACCCUCGCAUCGUGGGACCAGAAGAGAACCUCCAACACGACCUGGCCAGAACCAUGGCACUGGAUUCAUGUCGGCAGGACCCCACGUGCGAUUACUACUUCAGUAUUGAUGCUGAUGUUGCCGUGACCAACCCAGACAUCCUGAGGAUCCUGGUUGAGGAGAACAAACCAGUCAUCGCCCCCAUGCUCUCCCGCCAUGGAAAGCUGUGGUCUAAUUUCUGGGGCGCUUUGAGUCCAGAGGGGUUUUACGCUCGAGCUGAAGAUUACAUUGACAUUGUCCAGGGCAAGCGUGUUGGGCUGUGGAACGUACCCUACAUCACUCAGGUGUAUCUGAUCCGAGGGACUACUCUGCGCACACGCCUGGCCCAGGUCAGCCUGUACACACAGGACGGCAUGGACGCCGACAUGGCCUUCUGCAGGACAGUCCGAGACCAGGGCGUGUUCAUGUUCGUGUCGAACAGAGAUGAGUUUGGGCGGCUUGUUUCCACUACUAACUACAACACCAGCCGGCUUCAUCCAGACAUGUGGCAGAUCUUUGAUAACCCUGUGGACUGGAGAGAGAAGUAUAUCCAUGAAAACUACUCCAAAAUAUUUGAGGAGGAAAACUUUGUGGAACAGCCCUGCCCCGAUGUGUACUGGUUCCCGGCCUUCUCUGAAAAGAUGUGUGAUGAACUGGUGGAGACGAUGGAAGAUUUUAACGGGUGGUCAGGAGGAAAGCACAAUGAUGAACGUCUAGCGGGGGGGUACGAGAAUGUGCCCACCGUGGACAUCCACAUGAACCAGAUCAGUUUUGAGAAGGAGUGGCUUAAAUUCCUCAAGGAGUACAUUGUCCCCGUCACUGAGAAGCUCUACCCUGGAUACUAUCCCAAGGCCCAGGCAGUGAUGAACUUCGUGGUGCGUUACAGACCCGAUGAACAGCCCUUCCUACGGCCACACCAUGACUCUUCCACCUUCACCAUCAAUGUAGCCCUCAACAGCAAGGGCAUUGACUAUCAGGGUGGGGGAUGUCGUUUCCUGCGCUAUGACUGCAAAGUCGAGGCUCCACGGAAGGGGUGGUCCUUCAUGCACCCAGGUCGUCUCACUCACUAUCAUGAAGGGCUCCCCACCACACAGGGCACCCGAUAUAUUAUGGUCUCUUUUGUUGACCCAUAAACGCAUGCACGAGGGCGUAUGGGUGGGUAUGGGUGACGGUCUGGAGGGAAAUCUGACAUGAUGUAUUUUAAGCGGUGGGGAGACAGGGGGAUAUACUAGUUGCAUAAAACACUUUCAGCUGCUCUCAUUGCUAAAGUAAGUUGGUGAUUAGGGGUCCAUAGGAUUUAAAUUGUACAAUUUAAUCUGCAUUUUAUGAAUGUUAUCUUAGGAAAUGUAUCCUUAGUAUUUUUCUAAGAUAGACAAAAAUACAUCUUGAAAAUUAUCUGUCAACCACUACCUUUUUGCAACAGAAAAUAUGGUGAUCAGACCACCAGGUAAUUAAAGGUUAAUGUUUUUUUGUGUUCGUCAAAGUUUUAGCAGAGAGUUUUAUGCAACUGGUCACUAGAAUUAUGAGGCUCUUGAAUUUCAAAACAAGAGACAAAAUGGUCCUGGAAGGAUUAAGAUCAUUCCUGGUUUCAUAUCAUUGUACUGUUUAUAUGUGUAAAAUUGCAAACCUGGCUCAAACACUUUCUAGAUUUAGUGCCAUUGUAGCCAGUGCAGUACAGCUGAAACCGCAGUAUCAGAUUCCUGAUCCGGAUCUGGUUUUUCAAUUUUAGGUUUGGUUAUAAUUAAAAUUGUGAGCCCAUAAAUUGAAAUCUCAAUUUGGUAAACUAAUAACCAUUAACUGAAGGUCAGUGGGUUGGAUGACCAGGGUUAUGGACGCGUUUAAAAGGAGACAUUAAUCAUAAAUGCUGCCUUUUUUCAGAACUUGAAAACCUACAGUAGCAGACAGACUUUGUGAUACCUUGUGACAGUGAUUGGAUUUCAAAGAAUUCUGAAAGAGAGAGAAAAAAAAUCAUAACCCCAGAAUUGUAUAAGGUAGGUGGGGAGGGCAAAUUCCUGCCCUUGCGUAGUUUUAUUGAAGGCUUGUCACAAAUUCUAAAUGUUGCGUAGGGAAACUAUUUUUGAUAUAUUGACUUAAUUGUAUUGCCUAAGAAUGGCACUUUCCUGAAGUGCACCACAUGGCCUUUCAGCUGAAUAUGCACAGUACAUUGGUUAAAUUAGCAUAUUCCAGAGCAAUAUGGUGUACUAAUGGAAAUUGUAGUAAACCAGGUGGUUACAGCUGAAAUCUUUACACUCUGCAUUUCCCCUCAGGUGUGUUUGUGUGUUACUCUUUGUAUAUCUGGAUGUGUGCUUGUUUCAGUUUGUAAGUAAUAUAAGUUUUAUUCUUGUGUAAAUUUGUUAGUGAGAAGGUGAAAAGGCUUUUAAAUUAACCUGGUUUUGGAAAUGGGUGACAGAGAGGUAGAAGGGACCUACUACAGUUCAUUAUUUCUCUGUAAAUUAUAGUAUUAUCCAAGACUUUCCCUUCAUCACUCAUGAAUAAAGCUGUGGCCAUUGUAUAUCAUAUAGGAUUCCAUCAGUACAUUAUAUUGGAGGUGAAUGUGUGCUUUGACUAUUACAGUACAUUAAUUAUAUCGGAGGGGUGUAGACAAGAAUUUUAUUUAUUUUAUUUUUAAGUCUUCUUGACUUGAUGCAAAUUAAAUUUCCAAUAAGAAAUACAUUGGAAUGUGUAGUUUAAUACAUUGAGCCAAAAUAGGUAUACAAGUUUUCAUAUCAAGAAGCAGUGCUUUCACAAAUGCUACAAUUUAUAGGAAGUAUUUUAGGAAAACUUUUGGUUUGCUUUAAUCUUCCAUACUAUUACGUAAUCCAGUUUAUUCUUGUUUUUAAGUGUGACUACUUUUACUGUAAAUGUUUUCCAUGCUGUGCUUUGUACAAAGAGCAUUAAAUUAUUUCUGUGGUUGAAAUAUAGAAUAAAGUUUUGAAAUAAUA